AGCGGACCGUCUCUGCACGACAAGACAGCACGAUCGUGCAACCCGUUGCUACAUACGGUAAAUGCCGCUGUCAGUGUAGUGUAGGGCGCUUUGGGAAGGGCCCCCAGCAGGAGUCGUGUGGGCACAGGAGGGCCUGGUCAACCAGGUAGAAACGCUUUUUGGUCAGGGAACAUGGAGAGGAUGUGGUGGCGCGUUGUCUCUAUCGAACAGGCCCAGCAACUCGGAAGUUGGUGGGACGACGUGGAUGACUCGCCCGUGUGGCAAGCGAGAAUCUUUUACGCUCUGGCAGGGGCUUACUUGCUGAUAGGACUGGUGGCUCUGGUGCAAUUGAUCCGCAUUCAAUUGCGUGUUCCAGAGUACGGAUGGACAACUCAGAAGGUCUUCCAUCUGCUGAACUUCAUUGUAAAUACAGUACGAGCCCUCUCCUUCAUCUGGCGGCCAGCUGUCGCUCAAAUGAAACCCCAGGUCGCCGGCGCUAUCGUCAUGGAUCUGCCCGGCCUCCUCUUCUUCACCACCUAUACUUUGUUGGUCCUUUUCUGGGCCGAGAUCUAUCACCAGGCCAGGAGCCUUCCAACCGACAACCUGCGGCCGGCGUUCUUGAUCACCAAUGCUGCGGUCUACGUGGUCCAGUUCCUGAUCUGGGUGGUGAUGUACCUUGAGCCUGGCCUGCACCGCGAAAUCGACAUGGCGGCCAAGCUCUUCUUCGCGGUCGUGUCGCUGGCCGCAGCCUCGGGCUUCCUGCUCUACGGAGGACGGCUGUUCCUCAUGUUGCGGCGCUUCCCGAUCGAGUCCAAGGGUCGGAGAAAGAAGCUGCGGGAGGUCGGUUUCGUGACGGCCAUCUGCUUCACCUGCUUCACCAUCCGUGCCGUCAUGAUUGCCUGGUCUGCGUUCUCCAAGGAGGCGGAUCUGGACGUCCUGAACCAUCCCAUCCUGAAUGCCAUCUACUACACGCUGACGGAGAUCGUGCCGUCUGCACUGGUGCUGUACAUCCUGAGGAAGCUCCCCCCAAGACGAACCAGUGGGCAGUACCAUGCCAUUCGGUAAGAGUCAAAGCUCGGCAUUGGACGAGUGUUCCAGAGAGGGUGCAUCAGAAGCAUGGAAUCUAGAAAGGAGGAUGCCAGCGGUUCAGGUACAAGGGAGCGGAUGUAAGGGAGUAGGCUGUACAGGGGCCCCAAAAACGUUCAGAAGAAAUUUGUCAAGACGGUAGACUUCCGUUUGGCGCGUAGCGGCGCUUUUACUCGCAAACAAUUGCAUUCUUGUUUGUUGAGGAAGGGAAGUCUCGCGUGCCACAUUUCACCGCAUGGUGUGGUGCCUGACGGGCAAGAAAGAACCAAAAUUGUGUUAACCAUCUGAGAAUUUUUAACUGCUAAGUCGUUCCUUCCUUCUUGAUGCUCGGCUGCAUGGUACAAAAUCUUUGAACCGGAGGAAUCGAAGCAGUGAGCAGCACACCUACCUGGCUACCUUUCGC